CGACUACGCGCCUCUCCGGACUGUCUAACGAGCUGCUCUUGACGAGAGUUCCAGUCACGAACCACACACGGUCUUUUUCUGCUGCUUAACUUCUCCUGGCCAUCUGCCUCCCUAAGACUCCUACAUCUCCCACAACCUUUUUACGACGCCCUCAACUACACACACCAUGAAGCGCACUGCUAUCUUUGCGAUCAUCUCGGCCACCGUGCCCUACGUCGCUGCUCACGGCUUUGUCUCCCAAGUCGCGAUUGACGGGAAGGCCUACGCGGGGAAUGUCCCUAAUGACUACCAGGGCCCGAGCCCUAUCCGCCUUAUCUCAGACAUAAGCCCCGUCAAGGGCGCGUCCAACCCGGACCUCAACUGCGGCCUGAACGCGCAACUUGCGGAACUGGUCGUACCUGCCAACCCGGGUAGCUCGGUCGAGUUCCAGUGGUCGGGCGGCGCCGGCCAGAAGUGGCCACACAAUACCGGCCCCCUUAUGACUUACAUGGCCUCGUGCGGCGACACCACCUGCGACAAGUUCAAUGGCUCCGACGCGCAGUGGUUCAAGAUCGACGAGGCGGGCAAGAAGUCGGGCGAUUCCUCCACAUGGAUCCAGCAGGAUAUUAUGAACGGCGACUCAUUCACGGUCACUCUUCCCCAGGACCUUUCCCCCGGCGACUAUCUUAUCCGUCACGAGAUCAUCGCCCUCCACCUCGCCGUGACCAAGGGCGGCGCUGAGUUUUACCCGUCCUGCACACAAGUCCGCGUAGGCGGCAGCGGCUCCGGCACGGCCACCGACACCGUGACGUUCCCCGGCGGCUACAGCGACAGCGACCCGGGCAUCUUCGACCCCAACGUCUUCGACUCGGACGACAACUACGUGUUCCCCGGCCCCCCUGUCUCGAACCUCGCCGCGACCUCCGCUGGUAUCACACCUCCGGCGAGCGCGAGCGCGACCUUCCCCGCGGAGGGCGCGUCGGCCACUGCGACCGGCGGGUCUGGGUCUGGCUCGGCGACGAGCGCCACCCAUGUGGCGUCGCCAUCUGCUUCCGCAGGCACGAGCGCUGGCGUGGCCACUUCGGGCUCGCAGUCGCAGUGUCGCCUCAAGAAGGGCUCGACGAAGAACGCGACGUCAAACUUGAGCGUGAGGAACAUGCCGCGGCAUUAUAGCCGGGUUAUGGCGCGCAUUAUGCACUCGAGCUGAGCGGGCGGGGCGAGGACGACGUGACGACGGAUACAUACAGGGCAGGCUCCCAUGACCGCGACGACGUGCUGAUAUUAUUUGUAGUUGUAGAUAUACGAUCUUUGUAGCGUUUAGUUAUCGGGCUUUUCAGGCUGUAAUCUUAUAUCGGGCUAUCCACG